UGAAGUGCAAGAAAGACCAGAUAACAAUUUGUUUUGUUACAAACGCAAACUGCCGCAUAUCCUACAUCAACUUUUCUGAGUUUCGAGUCAUGAAGUGUUUCAAGUCAAAAUCUUCCUUAUUGUUCGGACUCCUGGCAUUUUUAUCCAUCGCCGUGAAUGCCUCCACUGCAGAAAGAUCAUCUCCUACAGCUGGACACUUUCGAGUUGUCUUGGAUAGUCCUCGCGGCAAUGAAAAGAAAACUCGCUUGAUGCUCAAGAACAAGAUCCAAUCAUCAGUUGCUGAUGUUGACCUUCGAGCUAUGGUGGAGCGUGCAAAGAAAGAGUUUAAGACCAUUUCCGAAAAGACUAGGCACAUCGGAGAAGAAGCCAAAGAAAUCGUCGAAACGUUCAAGGAUAGUUUGCAACAUUAUUCAAGGAAGGAGCUCGGAAUCUAUGCUGCGCUAACAGUUGCACUGACAGUUACUUUGAAGAGUAAGCUAAUAUCGUUAUGCCUCGUGCUGGUGUUGUUCAACGAGUAUGACUCGCGUUCUUCUCGCUUUUGGUAUGCACACAGGUUACAAGUUGGUACUUGUGCUGUAGGCUUGUGUUCGGUAUUCAACAGAAGCUCAAAGAUUCUCGUGACAAACAAAAAACUCGCUCAUUAGACUUUUUUCUUUUUCGUCAUGACUUGUCAUUCAACUUUCUGAUGAAUCUAGCUGUAGUCUUUUCCAAAUCUUCCUCAAAGACUCUUGAUCUCGGUAAGAUCAGCUACAUCCUUGCAUCAACCUCUGCUCUCACUGCCACGGAAAAGCUCUCCUCAAUUCUCGAGUUCCACAACAAGUACGGGCGUUCAGCGAAACCACCAGAACUAGCUAUCACUCCAUCGAUCGUUAGCAGUGAUGGGAAGACAUUUAUCCGCACGGUAAAGAAAACCUUGAAACAUACAUCAUACCAACCUCCUAGCAACAAUGUGCCGGCUCAGUCCCGACCGGCGCAAGUGGUCAUCGAUACUGUUUCGGCAUUUUAUCCAGACUCAGAACCUACCAUUGCGAAGUCACUUCCAGCGUCACACAAUGCCGUUAUUGAUACAAUGUCUCCUUCCAUGCGUCGAACUCUAAAAGCCCGCCGAAUCCGCGUUCGAGGUGGAGCAACAAAGAGUGCUCUUCUGCAGCGAUUGGAAAUUGGAGGAUACUUUGCUACCUGGUACGCUCUGAACAUUGUUUACAACAUCGUCAACAAAAAAGUACUGAACGUUCUUCCAGCCCCACUGACUGUGGGUACCAUUCAGUUUGGUGUAGGAGCUCUCUACUGUGCACUGGUUUGGAUGCUAAAGCUUCGUCCUCGUCCAACACUGACUAAAACUGGAAGAAAGUCUGUCGUAUCAGUUGGAGCAUAUCACAUGCUAGGACAGUUGGCCACCAUGAUCGCCCUUGGAGCUGGUCCUGUGUCCUUUACUCACAUUGUGAAAGCGGUAAGUGACUAGGAAUCAUGCUCUCCCAUCUAUCAAAUAAUUUUUUAGUUUGUCCAUCGACGGAUCUAACUUGUUUGUUUUGGUUUCCUCGUGCAGGUGGAACCUUUUUUCAGUGCCAUGGUUUCUGGGUUUUACUUUAACAAGUGGAU